CAAUGAGAAAAGUUUACUUAUUCUCCUGCGCUCGCAAUCACAGCUGAGGGCAUUGAUGUGAGCGCAGAGGCUUCCAGUGUUUGACGCGCACUUAUUUCCCCCCAUCUUCUCACCUUCACACACGGAGCACUAAUCCACCUUCUCACCUUUAGUUUAGCGCCUACCUGUGUUUCUUAUCUUUACUUUUUCCCCCCUCCUCUCAUUUAUGAAUGAUUCUCUCUCGCAAUACAACUUGUACUAGUAGAAGAACACCUUCUUUCUUGGACACGUCUCCGUCCUCGUCCGCACCUCCUCACCUCGGCACAUCUUCUCUCCUCAAGCUCAAACGGCACCAGGACCUUCACUGCAGCUUCAGACGCACUUGGGGGAAAUAUCACUCGACGAGGAAAAACUUGAUACUUUGCGCAGCAGCAGCGGCGGCGGCGGCAGCAGCUGAAGCAGCUGAAGACACCGACAACACCGACAACAUGAGUCUGAAAAGCGACGCAGAGCCCAAUAACAACGUGUCCAUGGAGGAGGAGGUACGGACACUGUUUGUAAGUGGCCUACCAGUGGAUAUCAAACCACGGGAACUUUACCUUCUCUUCAGACCUUUUAAGGGUUAUGAAGGGUCACUGAUUAAGUUGACUUCAAAACAGCCUGUUGGGUUUGUAACCUUUGACAGUAGGUCUGGAGCUGAAGCUGCAAAAAAUGCAUUAAAUGGAAUCCGCUUUGACCCCGAAAGUCCCCAGACCCUGCGCUUAGAGUUUGCUAAAGCCAACACGAAGAUGGCAAAGAGUAAGCUGAUGGCCACACCGAACCCCACAAAUAUCCACCCUGCUCUAGGAGCUCACUUCAUUGCACGGGACCCAUGUUUGUCAUCGUCUUGUGUCCUCCUGCCCUGCACCUCCCCAGAUGAUCUGACAGGGGCAGCACUGAUCCCAGCGUCACCAGAUGCCUGGACUCCUUAUCCUCUGUACACCACGGAGCUGACUCCAGGCCUCCCUCACACAGCCUUCACUUACCCGGCGGCUGCUGCCGCUGCAGCUGCCCUUCACGCCCAGGUGAGGGACCAACCGAUGCGCUGGUACCCUACUCCCUCUGAGACUUCCCAGCCUGGAUGGAAAUCCCGGCAGUUUUGUUAGAUAUGUAGCCUCUGGAAACCACACCUUUGUCCAGCUGAAGUGAGGUUUGCCAAGCUCUUGAUUAAUUUAACCAGGUUUAUUUAAUAAACAGAUGUGCAUUAUCAUAAACAAACAGUAUUUAUAUCACCUCCCAAUUGUCUGUGGGGGGUGUUGAGAGUUUGAGAUCAUCUUGCUGUUGACAAUCUAAGCUUUUCCUUGGCAACUAUUGCGGUACCAUCUAAGCACUUCAAAAUAAUGUGGGGGGGACGGGGGACCCUCAUGUAAUGCCCAGUCAAACUUAAUGGAUCCUAAUUGCUGAGGAAAAUUGAUGCAUUGAAGUUACCAUUAUUAAGCUAGUCCUUCCGCUGGGUUACCGCUGCUCCUGGGAGGUUUAGAAACGUUAAGUCAUUGCAUGUUAAAGUCUUUUUGGCAUGAAUUUAGAACUCAGAGUUCUGUGUAUCCUAAUUUUCGUAGCAUUUGUGUUGCCUCUUUACCUUGGCUUGGACAGCGAAAUGUUUUGUUUUCCUGUAGAACCUUGGUCUUACCUCUGUGAAAGUUAGGCUAUUGUGUAAAUGGCUUAUCUCGCAUGGACCUUGUAAAUGCAUCCCUGCGUGCUGUGACAAUCCCAGUCCUUUAUGAUCAUAUCAGUGUCUGUCAUUAUUUGAGCAAAAGAAAGUACAAUUGUUUUUGUACUUUUUUGCGUAAUGUGUAUUUAUGCAUUUUUGUGCAACUAAAUAAUGAACCUGUAUAAGUUGGAUGUUUAGUCGUCUCUUGUGUUUUCCGAUCCCAUAAUCCUGUUGAAGUAGUUUUAAAGAAGAAAAAAGUGCAAUUUGUUUAAAGGGGAAGUGGGUAUCUGUCAAUGAAGGUAUUCUGAACAUGGCUUGUGCCAUUCUGCUAAAAUGAGAUUGCUGUAAAACCAUCUUUCAGAAUGUGAAACUGGACUACAAACGUAAAGGGUUGCUUUUUUUUGGGGGGGUGGGACAUUUUGAAAUGGAAGCAGGAUUUAGAGUAAUGAAGGAAUUUAGUUUGUGGUUUAGAAAAUGUUUGUCUUUGUAUCUGCUGUGCAUAA